UGCGGCUCGGAUUUUAUUUUCCUUUGGAUCCUGAAGCAGAAUGGAUCCAAGGGAACUUCACUGGAAACAUUCGCUGUUAGAGCAACUCCGACAGCGGGACAAAAAGGAGAAGGCACCGUUCGAGUCUUUGAUUGCUUCACAUUGGAAACAUUUUGAAAGUGCACAAACUUUGAAGACAAAGAAUGUACAACUAACAGUUGAGACAGAAAAACUAAAGGAAGAAAAUCUUGGACUGCAGAUCAAAGCUGAACAAGGUGGAGGGGGAGGGGGAGGAAACAGCCAGGCCCUGGAACAGAAACUCUUUAAGCUUCAGGAGGAACUCACAGAACUUCACAGGAGGAGAGGAGAGAACACACAACAGAUAAUUGACCUAAAUAAUGCCCUUCAAGAUAAGGAAAAGGAACUUCAAGGAAGGGAUGCCAGACUAAAUGAUCUACUUGCAAAUGAACUGGCACUGAAGAUGGAAAUCAAAAAUUUAGAAAGUACAAUAAUGGAAUUAGAGGCCACAAAUCAGAUGCUUAAGGAUGAGCAUCAGGCCUUACAGCUGACGUACACAGGUCUAGAGGAGAAAUUCCGUAAACUGGAGCUGGACAAUCAACAACUGCUGGAAAGGUGGAUCAGACAACAGGCCAAAAUGGCUGACCAGCUCAACGCUGAGAAUGACCAGUUCAUGUUAGUUAGACAACAGAAGUUAAGAAAAGAUUUAGAAGAAGCAGCAAGGGAAAAUAUUCAAAUUUUACCCGGAAAAGACGCUGGUGUUUUUGUACCCACAGCAAUUCCUAUAUGUCUGAGUGCUUCAUUACCUACUAAAGCUCAACAUAAAUUUGACGCACAUGAAAGUGACGUGAAUGCUGUGCGAUGGAGCCCCUCUGGAGCCAUGUUUGCCACUGGAGGGUCAGAUAGAAAAAUUAAACUUUGGGAGGUCAUAAAUGGUAAAUGUGAAGCUAAAGGUAUCCUGACUGGAAGCAAUGCUGGCGUCAUGGCCUUGGAUUUUGAUCCAGAGGAGAGCACUAUUCUUGGGGCUUCAAAUGAUUUUGCCAGCAGGGUAUGGUCACUCACUGACCACAGGGUCCGGCACACUCUAACAGGCCACAGUGGAAAAGUCCUUGCAGCUAAAUUCCUUGGUGACAGCAAUAAGGUUGUCUCUGGGAGCCAUGACAGAACUCUCAAAAUCUGGGAUUUACACAGCAGGUCUUGUGUGAAAACAAUAUUUGCUGGAUCAAGUUGUAAUGAUUUAGUGACUAUCCAUGGAACUAAUAUUCUCAGUGGACAUUUUGACAAGAGAGUGAGGUUCUGGGAUAGUCGUACAGACAGCAGUACCAAUGAAAUCUUACUACAGGGCAGACUGACCUCUCUAGACUUGUCUCCAGAUAAGCUGAGUCUGCUGUGCUGUACAAGAGAUGACACUUUGAAGGUGUUAGACUUGAGAAUGAACCAAAUAUCUACCACAUUAGCUCAUGACGAUUUCAAAAUUGGCUGUGAUUGGUCAAGAGCUGUUUUCAGUCCAGACACUAGCUAUGCGGUCGCAGGGUCCAGUGAUGGUGCAGUAUUUAUCUGGAAUGUCAAAAAGGGAAAAGUAGAAAAGAUCCUCAAAGAACACACGCAUUCUGUGAUAGCUUGUUCUUGGCACCCGGUGGGUUCGUAUGUACUGAGCUGUGAAAAACAACGCAAAACCAUUCUGUGGUCCGAUAUCUGAGCGAUUCGUGAAAUAGCGACGGUAGAAUUCAAAACAUCAGGUGGACAGCUGAGAGUGUCAUCCAAACAGAUAGAUUUAUAUACACAAAUGUCAUUGGUUUAAAAAGGAAGGUGUAUAGAGAGAUUCUUCACUCAGUAAGAGUAAUUAAAAUUUGUCUGUGUGGAACAACCAAACUCUAGCUGAAAGGAAAGGAAAAUGACACCUGUAUGUCAAUAGUGUAUUAUUUUUUAUAAAACGAAAGGAGUGGUUUGUGAAAUUUAUGCCUCAUAAAAUGUCUUGGAAUUUUAAAAGCACAAAAAGGACACAAAAAAACCUCAAUACCAAAUAAGCCUUUUAAUCACCAAUGUGAUAUCACUUAAUUGUGAUUUAUUUUUGUUUGUUGACGAUUUUAAUCAUGUACUAACUACGAAGUUAAUUAAGGCAAAUUCUUUCUUUUCCUGAUGGGUGCCUACUGAUGUAAAAAGUAUUUUUGGUCUACUCUUAGAAUGGCAUAAUCUAUUUCAAAUAUACAUGAAAAUAUCCUUGCCUAAAAAGUGACUUUUUAAUGAAAAGAUGAAGGGUCAUGUGAGGCAUAAAAAAUGCUAUACAUAUUUAAUAAUAUUACAUAGAGAACUUGAAAAAAAAUCUUUGAAAUACAGCAUUGAUACAUUUUGUCCAAUUGAUGACAAAGCAUCCUUUCAGUUUUUCCUUAAGUAUGAGGAAAAUUUACCAAUUACUCUACAGUUGUCCUGUAUAGUGAAGUUUGUGUCAUAUCAUGGUCCCAUUGCAGAGUUGGGGCCACAUGUGGGGUCACAAUUUUCAAUCAGAACCUAGAUUGCUAUUUCAGGAAUCAUAAGGCUACAAUAUUAGUGUAGUAUUAACACUGAUUUGCUUAUUUUUAUAAAAGAACAAUGUAACUAGAGUAAACAGUGGGGCCCUAUUCUGAAAAAAAGGUUGAAAUAUGUCAGAGAUUAGGAACAUAGAUUUCACUGCUGAGUUGAUAACCCAGUAUUUUAUACCAAUUUAGUUUUAUAAAUUAAGAGUGAAACAUGUUUUCUUUUUUCAUUUAGUAGUGAUAAAUAUAUUUUUGUUUGUGUUCUUUUCUAAGAACCUUAUUUGGUUUUCGGAUUCAGCUUAAGAGGGAUGUAUCCCUGUAGCUUUUAUGUGAAAAUUUCCAUGUAUUUUUACAGUGAUAUAUGCUUUUGAAAUUUAGAUAAUUUGUUUUUGGGGUUUUGGAUAAAAUUAUGAAAUGUAUAAAUAUAAACAACAUUGAAUCUAAUAUAUUUGUUUUUUACAAUUUGUAGCAAUUUUACUAGGUAGAAGACAGUGAUGUUUUUUCUAAACAUUGCUCAUUUACUGCUAAAUGCACCACUGCUAGGCUUAGCUGGAUGCACUUGUGAUGUGGUCGCUUAAUUAAAAAGACUAGUCUGCUUAAUAAUGCACCCUUGUUAAUUGACACAAAUUCAUAGGAAACUUGUUGAUAUCAACAACUAUAUAUAUUUGUGUUAAUGACACAUCUUUUAAGCUGCUUUAACACACCACUACAGUCCUGAAUAAUAAAUAUAAGUUUUCAAAUAUGGUGCAUACUAUUGAAUGAAAAUAGUACACUUUGUUGUAAAACUUGAGUUAAUGAAAUCUUUUUACUGAUUUGUAUCUGUAAGAAUUCCAGGUGUGAGAGAGUGUGUGAGAGUUGUGCUCUGUCAUAACAUUAAGAUCAGGGUAUGUUUGUGUGUUAUGAAUCAAAAAAUCUAUUCUUUGAUUAAAAUGAUUUUAAAUGCUUUAAGGCAGGUAAUGCUUUGGUUGAAUUCUAUUUUAAACAUAGAGUUAACUCAAUAGAACUUUCUAAAAGCUUAUGAUAAUUUUUUUUUUUAUCAGUUUACCUUUCGACUUUGUUUAUGAUUUUGUAUCAGAUUUGAUAUAUGUGCAUACAUUUGUCCGUUAGGGGGUGUGAUAUUGUUAAUGAAUGUAGUUAAACAAUUAAGUGUGUUUGUAAAUGUUUAACAGUUUGUUAUUGGAUGUAUAACAACAGGCACUGAAAUCAUGUACUAAUUUGAGAAUGUGUAUGUAUGUGAAUUAAAUUUCUGAAUGAUUGUCUACAAAAAGCUUGUGUGUUAUGAUGUUUGUUGUUGAAUUAAAUAUUUAUAUC